AUGGAUCUAUUGUACAUUCGAGAUGCGAUCUUCAGGCGAGAUAAUGAUGGUAUCUUUAUGUCUGCCCGUGGCGCACAGGGCUUGGUUGUAAGCGUUGUGUUCACGGCCUUGGCAACCUGCUUCGUGGCGAUGAGGAUGUAUACUCGUAUGGGACUUAUGAAACGAGUGGAAGCAAAUGACUGGAUGGUCAUUAUAGCACUAGUCAAUUCAUAUAUCUUCAUGGCCCUCGACAUUAUCGAAGCUGUCAGUGGAAUGGGUGUGCAUUUCAAGGAUAUCCCACCGAACAUCUUCCUGAGACAGAUGAAGGCUUUCUGGCUCACGAUUCCUUUCUAUAACGCCGCCGUUCUCUGCGCCAAAGCCUCGAUUCUGAUGCAGUACUUUCGAGUCUUCCCAACACACCGCAUGCGUGUCGUUUGCUGGGUCAUGAUCGCCAUCCUCGCCAUCUAUGGCACAUGGGCCGUGAUCAGUGCAUUUCUCAAUUGCAUUCCCGUCGCCAAAUUCUGGGACGACUCAAUCCAAGGCUACUGUCUGGACAAGACCAAGCUGUGGUUCUCCAAUGCUAGUAUGCAUAUAUCGACAGAUAUUGCUAUCCUGGUCAUCCCCAUCCCAGCUUUGAUUGCAAUCGACUUGCCCCGAAAACAAAAGCUCGCUUUAAUGAUCAUGUUUGCUCUGGGUGGCUUUGUCUGCAUCACUAGUAUCAUCCGUCUACUCAGCCUAAAACAAAUCGCCGAUUCAACAGAUCCCACCUAUGACAACGUCGCCGCCGCCUCCUGGUCCGCUAUUGAAUGCAACACAGGCAUUAUCUGCGCCUGUCUACCAACCCUAAAACCCCUCGUCGCCCGCAUCUUCCCAGGCAUGGUAUCAACUUUCAACGCCAGCCGUCCCACCCGCGGCGACACAACGCAACGCAACUCCGACUGGAAUGAUAAUGCAUCUACCCUCGGCCCACCCGGCGAAGAACACGAAUACGGCGCUGGUGACCCGGAGCGGGUUCUCGCUCUUGCUCCUGGAACCGGCUUCAGAUCUAGUCUUAAACGCUGGACAAGAGAGGAAGAGAAGAAAUUGUCACAGAUUACUUCGGUUCCUGGGCCUCGUCCUAAUAGGGUGGCGCAUCCUCGUCCUUUACCUGGGGAUUUGGCAGUGCCGUUUUGA